AUGCUUCGUAUUAACUUCAUUUUUAUGUGUAACAUAUGGGUUUCAUAUAGUGUUGGUCUGUUUUAUCCAUUAGGAGUCCAAGAUGAAAUCGACAUCCCUAAUAUUGAACCAGGAACUAACCCAAAUUAUAACCUAAAUGACCCACAUAACCUGGUAAUCGAUAUACUUUCAACCAACAUACCAAAUGUGUACAAGCAAACACUAAAGUCAGAAUGUACAAACACAUUUAGGUAUUCUUCAGAAGAUGAAUAUUCAAUAAGAAGAGUAGUGUUUGGAACUAAACUAGUUUGGAAUUCUACGACAAAUUUCGAAGUAGCGAAAACCGUGGAAGUCGUCCGCAAAAAUGGAGUGCUCCAGCUCGUUUCAGUGAAAAACGAUCAGCUGGAGUCAUUUUUUAGAAGAGAAAAAUGCAGUUUUGUGCAUGUCCCGACACGCCAAGAAUAUUUGAAGUUAAAAACCUCCCUGGAUAAUGAUAGUACAUUCGUCGACACGUGGGUGGAACUGGACCUGAGUACGUCCGACCCAAUGAGUAUAUUUUUCUCAAAAGAUAUUUAUCAUGAGGAGAGAGUUGCAAUAUUUAAACUUAGCACUUUGAAGCCCUUUAAACUAUUCAGAGUAUUCGAUAGCGAAACCUUACUUAAGCCUAAAGAUGGUGAUCAGAAUACCGAGACUCUGUGGGAGUUUGACGACACUUUGAUGUGUGAAUCCGUUUUCGUUCACAAUUUUCAAAGUGGAACACUUCUUAAGUUGUUUCUUUCUGAUGGAAAGAUUAAUGUUACUGAAGAUUAUAAAUUUUUUAAAAAAUGGGACGGUAAUUGGUACUCUAUUGAAAAGAGUGAGUUUGUUUCAGAGUAUAACAGGCUAAAGUCGAUCACUACUAGAAGAGAUAUCACUCUUGACUUUGGAGUGAAUAUAAAAGAUGAAAGAUUUUACAGAAAACAGGAAAAGCUUGGGAAAAAUUUACUAUCCUUUGCUUUGUUUCCCAAAACAGGAUAUAACCCUAAAAGAUUAUUUUACGACGGAACUGAGGUAGCCUCACUUAGUGGAGAUCAGAUCUUCUCUUCUGUUGUAAUUUAUCUUGAAAACACAGAUCCUGUGAUGGUUAAUGCGACUGUUUCUGACACCCACCGAGAGGUCAAGUUGGUUUACUUUUUAAAGGAUGGAGAAACACUUGUUUCCGUCGACAAGGAAAAGUAUGACUCUGAACUAGCUAAACUAAAACUUAAAGGGUCUGAAUCUAGUAGUUUAAAAUGGGAGUGCUCAGAUAUUAAUUUAGAUGAAGAUUUAAUGGAUGAUACAUCUAAUGAAGUUGACGACUCGAAAUUGGAGUCAUUAGUCAGGAUAAAGUUUAACGUUUUAUACGACAUUGACGACAAAUACUUUACUAGAUCAAAGAGUCUAGAGGAUGGAUUUGAACUCCACGUAGUGGUUCCAAAGGAUCAAUUUAUAAUUAACUUGGUAGACUCUCACAAUGGAGUGGUUUGGAAGAGCGUUCAACACAACUUUAUGGUCAAGUCAAUAGUCGUUUAUUUCAAAUCUCGGAAGCCUCAUGGGCUUAAAUUACUCAUUUCAGGAGGAAAUCUUUCUGUAAAUAAGUACUUUGUGCUGUCAAAUGAAAGUUGGCAGUCUACACCGGUAAAUGCAUUUUAUAAACUUCUAAAUAGAAGUAUUGAAUAA